CAAGGAGAGAAACGAAAUGCCCCAGGAGGACGCGCAACUGACAUCUGCAAAAAAGGCUUACCGGAACUCGAAGGCGGUGGGGAAUCACGAGGAGGAGGCUCGGUGGGCAAACACAAUCGGCGACAUGUUGAAGAAGAGAGGGGAGUACGUGGCAGCCCUGGAGUGGCUCCGAAUCGACUACCACGCCUCCGUCAAGUACUUGCCCCAAAAACAUUGCCUCCCCACCUGUCAGUCUAUGGAAGAGCAUAUCUUCGCCUUUGUGCUUCAACGAGGCUCUUGUUUAUCAGGAAACUUCUCGAUUUGGGUUCGAUUCGUGCGAAUUUCAAUUCGAUUGGAGUGUUCAGUUUUGUUUCCCCUAAUUUUUUUUAUUUAUAUUUUGUCGACAGUGGGAAGGUUUUUUGGUUGCUGAGAAAUUUGGGGAAAACGAAAACAAAAUAAGGGAUUUGGGUGAAACGGUAACCAACCUCUUAUUUUGAUGGAAAAAAUGAGUUGAGUGGAGGGUUUAGUGAGAAAAUGCAUGAAAGUGAAAGGGGUGAAAUUACUCAGCUCAAGUUUUUCGAUUUGUUGAAAAGUUUUAGGAAAGAGUCAAAGACCCAUUGAGAUUUUCAUAUGGUUACCAUCAGGGGAAUUGAAUUGUUUGGCAUUUCUUAUUUUGUUUAUUUUGGAAUGGUUGUAUGAUUUGUAAUUUUGAGGAAAUUUUUUUUGAGACUUUUCCUGUUUUUGCAGCAGAAAAAACGUUUACAGCUUGCUGACGACGAGGUAAUGGAAGACGAUGCUGGGCGCAGCAGGCUCCAUCACAACCUUGGAAACGUUUACCUAAAGCUGAGGAUGUGGGAUAAUGCUCGAGAACACAUUGAGAAGGACACUAUGAUAUGUAAAAGAAUUGAGCAUUGUCAAGGAGAGGCAAAGGGGUACAUUAAUCUUGGUGAAUUUCAUUACCUAAUUCAGAAGUAUGAGGAAGCUAUCCAUUGCUACCAAAAAACACUUGAACUGGCAAAAUCAAUGGAAAAUGAGGAUGCUUUACUUAGGAAGAUUGAUCAAAAUAUUGAAACGGUAGAAGAUGCCAGGAAAGUAAUGGAUGAGCUGGAGAAAGAAGAGCAGAAUCUCAAAAAGCUAACAAGAGACAUGGCAAUUGCAAGAGGCACACCAUGUGUCUGCUGCAGCAAAUUGCUUCUCUUGAUUGUCUGAUUAAGAAAUCAAGGAUGAUCUUUGCCUGGCCAAAGGUACAUAAUUGACUCAAUAUGUCUUCCUCACUCUCUACUCUUUUGAACCGUAUGUUGUUUAUUUACUCUCUUGUUUCUAUCUUAAAUGUAACUUUGUUGGUAGAAAAGAGUUUCUGUUAUAUUUUAGUACGGCAUAUGAGGUUGCAUGUUGCAUUGUGAGA